GGCAAUAAGGACAGGCCACGAGGAGCCACUGUAGGAGUUGCUCCUGCAAAAAUCACAUUUGUGGAUCGUGGAGGACCACUAAUGAAUGAGCAACUACAUGGAGGAGGACUAGAGGAACAGCAAGAAAGACUACUAGAGGUGGACCACGAGCAAGAAACUACUAGUUGUAAGAGUAGUAAGAUAUCAACGAGAACUAUAGGUAGGACUGGG